UCUACUGAGUAUCGAAAAUUGUAAGAAGAAGUCGAUCAACACGCGAGUAUCAUUCAGUGAAAUAGUCACCAAAGAUUUGGUUGCGUUAAAAAAUGACAUUGAAAUUAAGUCUUGUUAAUACUGUUUUUUUGGGGUCUCUCAUCGCUGGUGUGAUAAAAGGCGACGCUGGCGGCUAUAAUGUAGAGAAUGUGUGGAAAAGUUCUAAAACUGAUUUUACUGAACGGCCUAGGCCAGCUUGGACGGAUGGAGUUCAAAAAUACCAUGACGAUAUAAUAGAGGCAUUCGGUAAAUUUCCGCCUGGACCGUUGAUGGAUAAAUCAAAUGCUGUGACUACGACAUUUCAAAGCUAUAUAACUAAACUUGUUACGUUAAGUAAUUCAAACUCAACAGUACUUUCAUCGGGUUCGCAAUCAAUAUUGGAAGUGCUGAAGAAGGUAAACUUACUUGAAAAUACACCCAUUGGUGUCAUCAAUGAAUUUUAUCGAAUUCUUCCGACGUUAAUGGAAACAUAUAGAGGCAUCGUAUCAAAUGUUUCGCCAAUGUUAACUAGUGUGACAGGUCCUGUAAUUACUCAAGCCAUGAGUGACCUCGAAAGUUCGUUUAAAAAUUACAUGACCGAAUUCCUUCGGGGUGAUGAACGUGGAAAUAAAAGAAAAGUUGAUUAUGAACCGGUUGUGAAACGAUUAGAAUUUCUUAAUAAUACCGUAUCCAGUUUGAUGGAAUUGACUCAGAAUCCGGUUGAGAAAGGUUUUGAUACACUUCCACUAGGGGGAUCACACAACAGGCUCGCCAGAGGUUUAGGAAUCUUGUCUGGAACCAAGCCAAUUAUACCAAUUGUUCCAACCAUUCGCAAUAGCACAUCAAACAUUGCUGAGAACAUCAUCAACAAUCCAGUUACUAAUUUCGUUCAGGAUGCUGUGACGGUGGUAAAAUUGGUUUUGGAACACAUAGUGAUCUGCUUUUACGGUCUUAGUAGCUGUAGUGAAGCCGUGCUAAGCGAACAGCAAGGGGAAGUGCAGACUGUUUAAUAUUUCUCAUUGAACAUUUUUAUCAACAUGCUAAAAGAAGAGCUAUGCUAAAAUCCAAAAGUUGACCUAAAUUUUCAAUUUUCACCAUUUUCCCUUUCACUUCAAAAUGUUCAAUUCAUAGUGAAGUUUCUAAUAAAUUUUGUCGGUCUAAUAGAUCGGUACAUAAUGUGUUUACUAUUGUGCUAUAAUCUAUUUUUAGUGCUAUCAAUGAGAAAUUGAAAAUAAAAAGCUAAAAAUUAUCA